UCCCCGGGUCCCCAGGGUGCGGAGGCCGGGGAUGGCCGGGCCCGCGGCGGGCGACGGCUCCUUGGACAUCACACAGAGUAUGGAAGAUGAGCCUCUUCUGGAUGAAUGGCUUCUCCAACAUGAUUUAUUACAAGCUUCUUUCAAACCCACAUUCCAAGCCAUUCCAACAGUUAUCUUAACAAAUCUCCUGUUGCUAGUACAUGUUAUAUUUGUUGUUUUAGCUUUUUUAAUAGAGAUUCUCUGUUCCUAUCCCAACCCAAAUGAGGACAAGUGUCCAGGAAACUACACCAGCCCUUUGAGGGUUCAGUCUGUUGUCAUCAUUGGGAAAAUAAUACUGUGGAUUCUGCACGUGCUUCUCGAACGUUACAUUCAGCACCACCACAGCAAAGUCAGAAAUAGAGGCUACCUCAUGAUCUACCGAUCCACAAGCCAUCUCAAAAGGCUCUCCUUAAUUAUACUCUCGACCGGCAAUGCAGCAGUUCUCCUCAUCUGGGCCAUUGAACAUUCUUUUCCAGAGCAUGCUAAACUCUAUCUGGAUUUUAUUUUGGGAGUCCUGGUCUUGGAGCUGAUUGGUUCUCUAAUAUGUGCAGGCAUUUACACAGUUAAAAUAAGAAGAUUUAACAAAGCCAAACUGAGACCUGAUAUAAUUGAAGAAGAGAAGCUGUAUGCCUACCCUAAUGAUAUUACCUCAGAGACUGGGUUCAGGACCAGUUCGAGUUUAGAAGAAAUCAUUGAAAAGCAAGGGGAUAUGAUUGAAUAUCUGAAGAGGCACAAUGCACUAUUAAGUAAACGACUACUGACUUUCACAUCUCCAGAUUCAGUGACUCGGGCAGUUAGAGUGUGAAGGUAUCUAAAGACAGCUUUAUGUUCAAGAGGAAUCUAAGCAGGCAAUGCAGAUGACCUUGGAAAAACAAUCACAGUUGAUUGCUGCUUUUAUAGAAUUUCUUUACAUAUGUAAUCUGUAUGGGAAGCUGAAUUUUGUUUACAUUUUUUCUGGUCUUGGUUUCUUUUCAAAAAUUACUGUUAAGCUUUUUAAAUUUUGUUUUGGUUUUUGAGCUGUGAAAUAUUUAUUCUACAGAAAAGGAUUGUUUACAUUCUUUUGAAUUGGUUUCAUGACUUUUCUUACAUUUAAAGGUCUGUACUUACAAGCUCCCCCAACUCUUCUGGAGACUCCUCAAAAAGCUGGUUGGCAUGAGGCAGUUUACAACGCCAGGUUGUUCCAGGUAGUUUUUAAAGAAGUGUGAAUCAAGCAAAUAAGCUAGUGAGAUUGAGUCCCUGCAGUUUUCUUGUGAGGAGUUUAAAAAUUCCCUGGGCUGACAAGUGAUCCUGGCCCAACUUCCAGGACAGCAAGCCGCUCUGCAGUAUGUCACACUUGCAGGAAACUUGUUUAGGGAACCAUGCUCACACCCACCUGUAAUCUUUCUGAGUCUACAGCUUAUUUCCCCCAGUGUGUAGCAAGAAACCCCUGCAAAUACUGGCUCAAGCUACGAACA